UUUACGUUCCUUUACACGCUUUAUUACGUGAAACUUCAAAAGUUCCACAUAAGCGCUGGCCAACUGUCAGUUCAUCUGCCAGAAUACGUGGCCCCGAAAGGUUUAUGUGAUAUUGUGAUUCUUGUUUAUAUUUUUUAUUGCACUAUUUCGUUUAUCAGUCACGCCGAAGCCGUAAGUAGUAAAAUAUAACAUUUUGUAGAUUAUAUUCUGAUGAAUUUCAUAUAAAUACCUGGACUGUUAUCCAGAGAAAGUUAAUUACAAAGUUACAUGGCAGCUGUCAAAAUUUCUGCAAGAUGAUUUUUGGUGUUAUUACCAAAUAUUAUAACGAUAUUCAUUUCAUAUUAAUAAUGAUUCAUAAAAGUCGUGUAAUAUGUGCAGCAGACUCGUGUUAGAUUUCGCUAAUUUUAUGUAAAUCGUCAAGAAGUUCCUCUUGUUCUCAUUGGUGAACUGGCUUCAAACAAUAUGAUGAAUCCACAAUAUUUACCUCCAGGGCAAAACAAUAAUGCACCGAGUAAUCCUCUAGGCUAUCCACCAUCAUCUCAAGAGUUUAAUGGAGUUCAAAAUGCCAAUGUAUAUAGUCAGAUGCCACCGAGCGGGCAACAAAUGCCACCGAAACCAUUUGAUCAAAAUGACAUGUCCCAGAAAAUGCAGUCAAUGAAUUUAAACGGACCCGGCUUUCCGAACAUUCCAGCAUCACAAUUGCCUCCCGAUCAACUCCCGCCGGGGUCCAACUUCCCUCCUUCAUCGAAUUAUGGCUCGAGUCAUUUGCCACCUGGUCAAAGGCCUCAGAGUCAAUUGCCUCCUGGUAGGCAUCCCGUCAGUGGAGCUCCUCAACAAAUGCCAAUGCCGCAGCCAAUGCAUCAAAAGCCUCCAUCGACUAUGUCGGGCCCUGUACCGCCACAGGGUUUCGGUCAAAUGCCGCCGCUAAGUCAGACCCCGAAUCAGUUUCAAGGGCCACCCACGUCAAUGGCUAAAGGUCCACCGUCGAGUCAAGCUAGUCAACAAAUGCCUGGUCAGGGACAAAUGCAAAUGCCACCACAUUCCCAAAGUCUUCCAUUAGGCCCGAUGGGUAAACAGCCUGGUGCGCCACCUGGCCAAAUGAAACAAGGCUUCCAACAGCCGGGAAUGCCUUCGCAGCCGCAAUCUGGUCUUCCACCUCAAAUGGGACUGUCCCAGUCUGGAUUACCUUCUCAGGGCCCGCCUGGACCAGUCUCGCAGCCUGGUCAGAUUCCUCCGCCGAGAUCUGAACCUGGACCCGGUCAGGGCAACUUCCCUCCGCAAUCAGGACAACCUGGUUUGCCUCCUCAGCCUGGUAUGAUGCAGCCUGGAAUGCCUCCAUCGAGUUUACCGCAACAGCCCACUGUGCUUUCCCAACCGGGAAUGCCACCACAACAGGGAAUGAAGCAGCCUGGCUUGCCACCUCAGCCAGGAAUGCCUGCGCAACUAGGUUUACAUUCGCAACCGGGAAUGCCCCCUCAGCCAGGAAUGAAUCCGCAACCGGGAAUGCCCUCUCAGCCAGGAAUGCCUCCGCAUCCAGGUUUACCUCCGCAACCGGGAAUGCCUCAGCAACCUGGUUUGCCUCCGCAACCGGGAAUGCCAUCACAGCCGGGAAUGCCUCAGCCACCUGGAUUACCUCAACAACCAGGAUUGCCACAGCAACCGGGAAUGCCUCAGCAACCUACUAUGCCACAGCAACCUGGUUUACCACCGCAACCUAGUAUGCCUCCGCAUCCGGGAAUGCCGCAGCAACCUGGUUUACCUCCCCAGACAGGAAUGCCUUCGCAACCUGGACUACCUCCUCAACCAGGAAUGCCGCAACAGCCAGGCUUCCCUCAACAACCAGGAAUGCCACCUCAGCCAUUCCAGCAGGGCAUGGCUCCGCAGCAAAUGACGAAUCAAUACCCUUCAUUACCUGGAAUGCCUCACAUGCCCCCGCAACGCCAGCAAUUCCCGGGCAUGACGCAGCAGUACCAGCAGGGGUAUCAGCAGCCGCAGUCUGGAUAUCCCCCUCAGCAACCACCCUUCCCUGGUCAGCAACCCAGCUACCCUGGACAGCAGUAUCAGCAACAGCCACCGCAGAAACGACUUGAUCCAGACAGCAUGCCUAGUCCAAUCCAAGUAAUGGCAGACGACCAGCAGAACCGAGGUGGCAUCUUCGUCACCAACGAGAAGGGUCUGGUACCGCCUCUAGUGACCACUGACUUCGUGGUGGACGAUAAAGGAAACGCCAGUCCCCGAUACAUUAGAAGCUCAAUGUACAGUGUGCCUGUAACAGCGGAUCUGCUGAAACAGACGUCCAUGCCUUUCUGUUUGGUGAUCAGUCCAAUGGCGGAAACUGUAGGCUCCGAGUUGGAGCCUCCGUUAUUGGACUUCGCGGCCCUGACCAACUCCCCUACGAUGGGGCCGGUGCGCUGCAGCCGCUGCAAGGCCUACAUGUGCCCCAAUAUGAAGUUCAUCGAUGCUGGAAGACAUUUCAAAUGCGCCUUCUGCAAAGCUACUACUGAAGUGCCCAUGGAGUACACUCAGUACAUAAACAGCAUGCAGCAGUACGGCCGAGUCCCGGCCGAGAUGGCUCUCGGCGCAUACGAGAUCGUCGCCACCAAGGAGUACUGCCGGAACAACACCCUCCCCAACCCCCCCGCGGUUGUGUUUGUAAUCGACGUCUCAUACAACUCCAUUAAAAGCGGUAUGCUCAACACUGUCUGCGAGAAUAUGCACAGUUUUAUCGAAGCGUUACCAAAAGACCCACAAACGGGGCAGACUUGGACCAGAGUCGGGUUCAUCACAUACAGUUCGACUGUGCACUUCUACAAUAUUAAAGGCACAUUAGCUCAGCCGCAGAUGCUAUCAGUGGGUGACGUGGGGGAUAUGUUUGUGCCCCUCCUGGAAGGAUUCCUGGUGCGGGCCGAGGACAGUGGGCCCGUUCUGGACCAAUUGUUGCAGCAACUACCCUCCAUGUUUAAAGAUAAUAAGGAGACGGAGACUAUCCUGCUACCUGCUGUACAGGCCGGGUUAGAAGCCCUAAAAGCAGCUGACACUUCGGGCCAACUGUUAGUUUUCCACACAAGCCUGCCCACUUUUAACGCGCCCGGAAAACUGAAUAACAGGGAGGACAGAAAACUACUGGCCACUGACAAGGAGAAACAGAUAUUAGCUCCCCAAACAACCGCAUACAACGAAUUGGGCCAAGCUUGUUCCGCGGCGGGAGUUUGCGUGGAAAUGUUCGUGUGCAACAACGCCUAUGUUGAUGCAGCCACUAUUGGACAAUUACCACGAUUAACUGGCGGACAACUACACAAAUACACAUACUUUACGGCGGAUAUCGACGGCCCCCGGCUGGCGUGGCAGGUGCGUCGCGCGGUGUCGCGGGUGUCGGCGCACGACGCGGUGAUGCGCGUGCGCGCCUCUACAGGCGUACGCGCCACGGACUUCUACGGACACUUCUUCAUGUCCAACACCACCGACGUCGAGCUGGCGGCCAUCGACGCCGACAAAGCCGUCGGCAUUGAGAUCAAACACGACGAUAAGCUCACCGGCGAGGACGGCGUAUACAUCCAAGCGGCUUUACUCUACACCCAUCGUUCUGGUCAGAGAAGGCUCAGGAUCCUCAAUCUGGCGCUAAAUGUAGCCCAUCAGCUCGCCGACGCGUACAGGAGCAUGGAGUUGGACACCUGCAUCAAUUUCCUAACUAAACAAGCGGUGUGGUCUCUUCGUGAGAGUGGGGGGAGGGCAGUAAGGGAGUCAUUAUCGGCCCGUUGUGCGCGUUCGUUGGCCGCGUAUCGCCGUCAUUGUGCAUCCCCUUCGGCAGCUGGACAACUGGUGCUGCCAGAAUCGAUGAAACUUCUGCCUUUGUACACUUGCUGUUUGCUAAGAUGCGAUGCGCUAGCUUCAGGGACAGACGUGACAUGCGACGACCGUUCUUGCGCGAUGUACCGCUCCCUAUCCGCGUCGGUAGAACUGUCGGUAGCGUACACCUAUCCGCGGUUAUUACCUCUACAUGAGUUGCCGCAUCCUGUCAGACAACUGCGGGCAUCGGCCGAUAAGAUGACGGACACUGGGGUCUAUCUGUUGGAAAACGGCGUCCACAUGUUGAUGUGGGUGGGGUCUCAGGCGCCGGCCGAGUUCGUCCGCGACGUGUUUGGUGUUGCGUCUGCGCAACAAGUGGACACGCAGGUGGCGGAGUUGCCAGUGCUCGACAAUGAGACCAGUGUUGCCGUCCGCGAACUACUACAAGACGCGAGAGAACGCAGACGGACCGCUAUGAGGCUAACGAUAAUGCGUCAACACGACAAAUUGGAGACUGUGCUCAGACAUUUCCUCGUAGAAGACCGCGGCGUCGACGGCAGUGCCUCCUACGUCGACUACCUGUGCCACAUUCACAAGGAGAUUCGGACACUACUAUAGCAUUUGUAUGAACGAUAAACGACUCUAUUCCAACGCAGAUAAGGACGCAUUUUGCAUUGCAGCAUACGGGAUAAAUCUCUGCGGUUGCAAAAUAAUUUUUUUGGAAGCACUAAUUAAACUUUUAGGCUCGCGUUUUACUAUUGAGCCUGAUGGACGAUAAACAACUCUAUUCCAACGCCAAUAAAACAUUUUUUGACUUUUAAUAUUAUAAAAAUAUGAUAAAUAGAUUUGUUGCAAAAAAACUUAUUAAUGAAAUGAGCAGCGUACGUGGAAGACAAUUAGUUAAUCGAAACUACUCAAGUAUAUAUGAAAAACUUCUCUUACUUCUGCCUCUUCUCUGUACAACUUUUCUUUUUGCAUGCUCAAACAUUCGUGAUUAUGUAUAUGAACAAGGGUGUCGAUUCUGGCAUGAUUCUCUAAACCUAAACUUGACAACAGUGUCUCCUUGUCAUUCUCUAUACAGGAUGAAAAGGAGAAACUGAUCUUUAAUUUAGUUUUAAGUUUAGAAAAUUAAAUCAGUAUCGACACCAUUAUGUACAUAAAAAAGUAAAGGACACGAUAAAUCUUUUCAUUGGUGAAAAAUACGACCACACUAUUAGUUCAUUGUAUUAUCGCUCAAUUUUUGGUGAACAUAAUUAUCGUAAUGUCAAUCUGAUGACUGUUACUCUCAAGGAUACCAAUAUCGCUCUUAUUGCGUACGUAAUAAGGAACAGUCGAUGUCAAAUCAUAUUCACCAAAGUAAUCACGUCAUGCAUCUAAGUAUCUACAUAAAAACAGAAUUCCAUUUGGUCAUUUUAAAAGGCGCAAAUUUUACGCUUGGCGUUUUCAUUUGUUUUGUAAUAUGGCAACCCUCCUAUAUUAUAGCCCUCUAGGUUUGAUUUUUGAAAGCUCGUUUAGACGAAGAUAUCUAUGCGCGUAAAGCCAAUGCUCCAGUAUUAUAUUACUGUUCCAUUAAUCUUUAAGUGCCGGAGCCCAAAUAUAUAUCUGUUAAAAUAUUUUUUUAUAUCACUGUCAAGUUUAGCUAACCCUACAUUGAAUGUAUAUUUAAUAUAAUAUAUAGACUUAUUGCUACUUGAAUUCACAUUAAAAUACUUUCUAUCUUAUCACAAAUAUGUUUUAGAUUCUGUUUUCCGUUGUAAUCAACGGAAAACAGAAGGAUAAAUCCUUAUUUUCCUUGCGUAAUAUGCUGUGUCACGAAUUAAGGGCAACACUAAAAUUAUGAUGCAUUUUAACAUAGAAAUAGACAUACAUGGCAUUUAGAAAAGACAUGGACAUCUUUUGGCGCGAACAUAUAAACGUUUUAGAGAGUGAAUUAGUCAUUAAUAUGGGAAACAAGUUCUACGCAGAGUAAUUUCGCAUCAAAAUUCGCCAGAAUGUGACUACUUUACAUUAAUUUAAUGGCAACAUUAUUUUAUUUAUAAUUAGAGUUGCCAUAACCAUGAAGUUACUUAAGAUAAUUUUACUAAAACGCCAGCGACAGUUUAUUAUAUAAUGCCAACCGUUUUUGAAUGAUUUUAUAUAGGUACUCUGUUCAAGAGAAUUAAUUAGUGGAACUCUUUCUUUAUCAUAUAAUCGCUUACGAACGAAAGAGGGUGGAAAACUGCGUAACAAGACAAAGCGAGUCGUCAUUGGCCGGAACAACGACAGCAAUACAAUCCGGCCAAUGACAACAAAGCUUAGGUUGUCGUCAGUAUUUCGUUUCUGUGAACAGAGUAUUGUGAACCUAUUGUUAAUUAAAAAAAGAAUAGCAAUUACAAUUUAUAAAAUAAAACUUUAGUAUUAAAGAUUUGUAUAAAUAAAUAAUAAAAGUGUAUUUGUUAACAAUAAACUUUAUUUUAUGUUUGGUCUAUUUUAUAUUGGAAUACAAAAUUUAUGUGGACCUAUGAAUAAUAUAAGGUAUAGUUACGCAAUAUGAAUCCUUAAAAGUUGUUUCUGUUUUCAUACGAUGAUAUUACAUAUUAGAAAUAGUAUUUGAUUAUAGUACGUUUUAUCGUUAAUAAUAAGUUUCUACAAUAACGGAGUGUAAAUAAA